AUGGCCAACGCCAACGCCGAGUUCAAAGCCUUUUCGCCUUGGGCUGAUAUCAACAGUAGUGAUGACGACCAACCGCAGUCUUUUCUUACAGACACAAACACGGCAGCCGUCACAGUGGCCGACUAUGACCCUUUAUGGCCAGAAAAGUUCCAGAAAAUAUCGCAAAAGCUCGAACACUACCUCUCUUCUUGUGGAGUGAGGUACCUUUCAAUCGAACACAUCGGUAGCACAGCUGUUGCAGGUCUUGCUGCCAAACCAAACAUCGACAUCAUCAUCGAAGUACCUGAUGCGGAGAAUGCUGCAAAAGCAAAGGAGACUCUGAUACAUGAACCUCCACCCGAAGAACAUUACAAGUGUUGGGGAGACGGUGGUAUUCGGGGUAGAAUCAGCAUGAAACUCCAUGACCGCAGUAUUCUUCCCGACCAGAGCGUCUACAUCAUCAACCAAAAGGAUCCUGACGGCAGAUUACUUAUGCGAGGUCAUCGAGCACUCCGCAACACCUUGAGGAUGCCACAGCACGAAUCUCUGAAAGCCGCAUAUGGUGAGCUGAAGAUUGAGCUUGCUACUUCAAGUAUAGACGGCGUCGAUUACGGCCAACGGAAGAACCCUCUUAUCCGAAAGAUUCUGCGAAUAGCUGGCUGGACGGACCAGGACAUUGACAAGAAGGAAGCACUCGACUACAGAAUCCCAGGAGACAUUGAUCUGCCUUACUGA